AUGUUGGUUACAGAGUAUGAUGUUAUUAUUCUUGGAACUGGUUUGAUAGAAUCGAUUCUUGCAGGUGCUUUAGCAAAAAUUGGAAAAUCAGUUUUACAUAUGGAUACAAAUAAUUAUUAUGGUGGAAGUUGGAAUUCGCUUAAUUUCAGAGAAUUACUAGAAUUAAUAAAUAGUUUACAAGGAAAAAGAGCUUUAACCAUUGAUUUUAUCAAAGCUCGACGACAAGCCUACUCAUCUAUUGAAUAUGAAAUUUAUUCUAAAAUCAAAGAACAACAAGAUGAAAUAAUACACCAUGUUUCAAAAACCUUAUCAAGCUUUGAACAAGUUGAGACAUUGGCUUCCUUGCUUAAAGAAUCAAGAUUAUAUUAUUUAGAUUUGGCUCCUAAAUUAGUUCCUUGUCGUGGUGAAUUAGUCGAGCUACUAAUAACUUCUGGUGUUGGAAGAUAUAUUGAAUUCAAAGCUUUAGAUAAAACAUAUAUUUAUUCCGAGAAAGAAGAUAAUUUUGAUAAGGUUCCUUGUUCGAAAGAAGACGUUUUCACUAGUCAAACAAUACCUUUGAUUGAUAAACGAAAAUUGAUGAGGUUUUUAUAUUUUGCAUUAGAAUAUGAAAAUUCACCAGAAACAUAUGAAGGCAAGCUAUCUUUUUAUUUAUUUAUAUGCGCGUGUUAUAGAGAGAAAACUUUUAUCAGUUUUCUUCAUGAAAAAUUUCAAAUUCAAGAUAAAUUGUUAUCAGCAAUAUUGUAUUCGAUAGCUUUGAUUCGAACAGAAGCUGAUGUUGUAAAUACUUUAGAAGGUUUAGAGAUGACUCAUAGGUAUUUGAAAUCAAUUGGUCGGUAUGGAAAUGCUGCUUUUUUGGUAGCACUUUAUGGAGUUGGUAGUGAAAUUGUUCAAGGAUUUUGUCGGGUUUGUGCUGUAUAUGGUGGAAUAUAUAUGCUUGAUCAUCCUGUAAAACAUAUUUUAAUUGAUGAGAAUACAAAAAAAUUUAACAGUUUAAUUGAUGUUAACGAUCAACAACUCUCUUCGACCCUUUUAAUCACAUCAAUUGACUAUAUCCCGAUUAAUAUUAUAGAAGAAGUUAAAGAUAAAUGGGAGGUAACUUCUCGUGCUAUUGUAAUAAUUGAUGGUUAUUUACAUCAAGAUUUUGGUGCCAAUAUGACUAUUUUUCCACCAAAUUCUGUUAAUAAUAAUAAAUAUUCAAUUACUGUUCUUCACCAAUCAUUUUUAACACAAACAUGCCCCGAAAAUAAAUGUGUAUUACACUUAUCAACUAAAGCUAAUAAAAACAGUGCAAAAGAAGAUUUAUUUUGUGCUUUAGAAAAAUUAAUUAAUAUUACAAAUAGUGUCAACAGAGAUGAUGAUAAUUCCAAUAAACCAAGUCCAUUAUUCACAUUAUUUUAUCAACAUAAAAGACCAAAUAAUUUUGCGGAUGAUGGUGGUGCAGUGAUAGAACGAAAAUUAGAAACUCAAAGUGAAAAAUUGGUAAUAGGAGAUGUUAAACAAUUAGAAAAUUUUUAUGAAAUUGAAAGAACUGUAAAGUUUUUAUUGAAUGGCAAUUAUGAAAAGAUAGCCCUUCAAUUUCCUGACAAAUUAUUGGCGGACUCUGUUGAAAUUGCUACAAUUAUUCGAGAAAGAACUCAAAAAAAAGUGUUUAUUCUUGCUGAUACCUCUUAUGGAAGUUGUUGUGUGGAUGAAGUCGCAGCACAACACGUAGAUUCUGAUGUGAUUGUUCAUUAUGGUCAUUCAUGCUUAAGCCCAACAUCAAGGCUUCCUGUUAUAUAUGUGUUUGGAAAAGAACCAAUAGAUGUAGAUCAUUGUCUAGAAGUAUUUGAUGAAUUAUUUGGCAACAAUGAUUCAGCAAUAAUAAUAAAUGAAUCUGACAAAAACAAUUCUUCUUCUUUUUUAGAAGAGAAAAAGAUUACUAAUUUUGUAACUAAAGGAAGAUAUUAUAGUUUACCAAAAGAUGUUAAUAUAGAAGAUUGUUCGAUUUUUUACAUUGGUGGUGAGAGUACCACAUUGUCAAAUAUAAUAAUAACACAUAAUAAGUGUAAUUUACGUAAAGGUCGACAAGAAAAUCUACAAGUUAAUAAGUCAUUAAUGAAGCGAGCAAAAGAUGCAGAUGUUAUCGGAAUAGUGGUAGGAACAUUAGGUGUAGCUUCAUAUUUGGAGAUUAUAUCACAUCUUAAAAAAUUGAUAAUAAAUUCUGGAAAGAAAUCAUAUACAUUCGUGAUGGGUAAACUGAAUGUAGCGAAAAUGGCCAAUUUUAUGGAAAUAGAUUGUUAUGUGCUUGUGGCUUGUCCGGAGAACAGUUUAAUUGAUUCAAAAGAAUUUUAUCGCCCUAUCGUAACACCAUUUGAAUUGGAAAUAGCUCUUGACCUAUCAAAGCAAUGGACUGGACAUUACAUUACUGAUUUUCAACAGCUUUUAACUGAAAAAGAUUAUGAAAAAGAAUCUAAAAAAAUCGAUGACCGCGACAAAGUACAGCAAAACGAGGAGAGAAGUGAUUAUGACGACGAUGAGCCACAUUUUUCGUUAGUUACUGGACAAUUGAAACAAGGACGUAAAUAUGGCAAAACAAAUGCACCAGAACUUAGAACGACGACAGAUGUAACAAUACGUAAUAAAGAUACUUCAAUGUCCAUUCUUUUGAAUAGUGCUGGAGAAUUUUUGAAUUCACGGACUUUUAAAGGUUUGGAACAAAAAAUUGGUGAAACUAAAGCAGAAUUAGCCGAAGAGGGUAGAGCUGGUAUUGCUAAAGGUUAUACUUCUGAUGGAAAUACUGUUAUUGUUGGUACUAAAUCUACAAAAUUUAUUGCACUUGAUCCUGCAACCAAAAAGUUGAUAAAGUUAUUUGAUAAUAAUGAAGGAGAUAAUGAAGAUGAAUGUUCUGUUUGUCCUGUUUUACCUAAAGAUGCUUUAUAUAUUGGCAUGAAUGCAUAUAAAAUACGUAUUUUUGAAAAUGGAAUACCGAAACGAAAUGUUACUUAUACUGAAUAUAUUCCACAUAGCUAUGACACAAGUAUUGAAUUAAUACAUAACACGAAACCAUAUAAUAAUGAUUUAUACAUUGCAUCUCCAAAUGGUGAUAUCUUGUCAACUAAUUCUUAUUCUACAAUUGCACAAAAGCAUAAUAGUUUUGAUAAAAGUUUUAUUAAUAAUAAUGGUAUUAAUAAGGUAAAAUCCCAUAAAAAGGAAGUUGGUAAUAAAAAGAAAAAGAAAGGUAGUAAAAAUCAUCAUAAUAAUAAUACAAAUCAUAAGAAAGUUGAACUUAAAGAUGACUUGAAAACAAAUGGCACUACAACCUCUACUAGAAAUUUUGAAGGAAAAGAAGUAGCGGUGAAACGGUUAUUACUUGAUUUUUAUGAUAUAGCACAUCACGAAGUAUCGUUACUUCAGGAAAGCGAUGAUCACCCAAAUGUUAUAAGAUAUUACUGCAAACAACAAUGUGACCGUUUCUUAUACAUUGCACUGGAGCUUUGUCCUGCCUCUUUACAUGAUUUGAUAGAAAGAGGUUCGACAUUUGAACAUGCACAUCUGAUAGAAACAUUACACCCAUCAAAAAUUCUUUAUCAAAUUAUUUCUGGUCUACAUCAUCUACAUUCUAUCAAAUUAGUACAUCGAGAUAUCAAACCACAAAAUAUUUUAAUAACCACUUCAAAGCACAAGAAAAAAAUAAAAAGAAAAGAUGGAAUUGUUUAUGAACAAUCGACAAUCAGAGUACUGAUUUCAGAUUUUGGAUUAUGCAAAAAGUUGGAAGGAGAUUCAAGUAGUUUUCACAAUACCACAAAUAAUAUUGGCGCAGCAGAUGCAUGGACAUCCACAGAUCAGUUAAAUUGCUCUUUUACUUCAUCAGGAUCAUCAGAUAGUUGUGAUGAUUGUCCACGUAGAAUUACAAAAGCAAUAGAUAUUUUCUCUGCGGGUUGCUUAUUUUAUUAUGUGCUGUCCAGAGGAGAUCAUCCAUUUGGAGAUCGGUAUUCCAGAGAAAUAAAUAUAUUGAAGGGAGUAUAUGAUUUAAAUAAAUUGGAUGAUGUAGGAGAAAAAGGUAUUGAGGCUAGAGAUUUAAUUGAAAGAAUGAUUGAACGUGAUCCCCAAAAAAGGCCAAACGCAGAAACAGUGAUGACCCAUCCAUAUUUUUGGUCAUCGUCUAAACGUCUCGGAUUUUUACAAGAUGCGUCAGAUAGGUUUGAAAUAGAAGAAAGAGACCCACCAUCACUGUUACUUCAACACCUUGAGCACGAAGCCAAUAAAAUAAUAGGUCUGGAUUGGUAUAAACGUAUGGAUAAAGUUUUUGUGGAGAAUCUUGGUAAAUAUAGAAAAUAUGAUGGAGCUAAAGUAAGAGACUUAUUACGAGCUUUAAGAAAUAAGAAACAUCAUUAUCAAGAUCUUCCGGUUCAUGUAAAAAGAUCACUUGGAGAAAUCCCAGAUGGAUUUCUUUUUUAUUUCACUUCAAGAUUCCCAAAGCUUAUGCUACAUGUUUAUUAUGUAAUAGCUGAGUCGGAAUAUUUAAGGAAUGAAAGUUUAUUCAAACAUUAUUUUGAAAUACCAGAAAUAUAA